AUGAAGUUAACGCCGGAACUGAUCGAAAGCGGCUAUCAAUACAUAAACCGCGCGACACGUGACCGGGAACUGGACCUCCGGGCCUAUAAGGUGACGGUCAUCGAGAACUUGGGCGCCACUCUGGACCACAAUCCGUUGUCUGAAUGUAAAGUAUAUAACAAAGAAUGCAUUCCUCCGUAUUCUGCGGACCUAACCAUUGCUGCCAGAAAUGACUUGAAUGAAGUGAACGGCAGUUAUCCGAUCGACUCGUGGAAACGCGAGGCCGAGGGCGCGACGGACGCAAAGAUGACAAACUCAUCGAUGGUUAGAGAUCUGGAGAUAUUGGCCGUCAGUGGACCCACUGAUGCACAACAGCCCCCAUUCCAGUGGUCCACCAGUGGCUUCAAAAGCAAUCAUUACGGACAUCCGGAUCGGUUUCACUUCAAACCUAUUUAUGUCAAAUGGUUUCCCAAAACAUUUGAAACAGCGGAUGACAUUUGA